GAUUUAUUUAAUGGCAUCACACAAAACACAGAGGAGAAGGAGUUUGAAGUGAGGUUCAGCAUGUUGGAGAUCUACAAUGAGGUAGUUCAUGACCUGCUCAACCCCACCAAGAGCAAGAAAGGCCUCAAGGUCCGCCAACACCCGAAGAAAGGCUUCUAUGCUGAAGGCCUCAAGCUGGCUCUGGUCACCAACUACAACGAAAUUGAGCAGAAGAUGAACGAGGGCACCGUCAACCGCACCAUCGCCUUCACCAACAUGAACGCCACCUCAUCCCGCGCCCACACCAUCGUUGGCAUCACCGUCAUACAGAAAUUCAAAACAAUGCUGGACAAGAAACAGCAAAGCAGGCCGUUGUGA